CUCUGCUUGUUCACACAUGCACUCAGUCUCCUGCUACACACACACACACCCACAGUCUCCUCCGCUGGACACGCAGAUUGAAGAGUUUUAGCUUGGACAGCAGAGGAGUUUGGACUGAAGAGCGUCUGUGUGAUUGUGUGGCAGCAGCUGCAGCAUUGAUCCAUGAGAUAACCCAGCACCACUCGGGUCAUUUUGUUCCUCCAGCUUGCUGUGGGAGAUUUGGAGUAACUUUUUCUCACCUAAGGACCUGCUGCUGCUGCUCCUGACGCUGACGACACGCUCGACAGGAUGACAUGGCGCCCUCAGUACCGCAGCUCCAAAUUUCGCCAUGUGUUUGGGAAAGCUGCCACUAAGGAGAACUGCUACGAUGGCGUGCCGAUCACACGCAGCGUCCAGGACAACCACUUCUGCGCCGUCAACCCUCGCUUCAUCGCCAUCAUCACAGAGUGUGUCGGGGGCGGGGCCUUCCUGGUGCUGUCGGUCCACCAUACGGGUAAAUUGGAUCCCCACCACCCUCGAGUGUCGGGCCACAGGGGCUCCGUCCUGGACAUCAAAUGGAAUCCCUUCGAUGAUUACUGCAUCGCCUCCUGCUCAGAGGACGCCACGGUUAAAGUAUGGGAAAUCCCUCGUCAUGGCGUGCUGACGAACCUCACUAUGCCGUGGAAGGAGCUGCAGGGUCACAGCCGCAGAGUGGGCCUCAUCGAGUGGCAUCCGACGGCCAACAACAUCCUCUUCAGCACCGCCUAUGACUACCAGGUGAUGAUCUGGAACCUGGACUCUCCAGAGCAGGUGAUAAAGAACCCCGUCCGAACCAUCCAGCACCACACAGACGUCGUCCUGUCCAUGUCUUUCAAUACGGACGGGAGCCUCCUGGCCACCACCUGCAGGGACAGGAAGGUCCGGCUGAUGGAGGCGCGCUCAGGGAACGUGCUGCAGGAAGCAAAUUGUAAGUCGCAUAAAGCCAGUAAGGUGCUGAUUUUAGGGAACCUGAAGAUGCUCAUCACAUCUGGCACUUCUCGCUACAACGAUCGACAGAUAGCUCUGUGGGAUCAGGAAGACCUGUCUGUGCCUUUGUUGCAGGAGAACCUGGACGGUUCCUCAGGGGUGAUCUUCCCGUUCUACGACCCUGACACACACAUGCUCUACCUUGCUGGAAAGGGGGAUGGAAACAUCAGGUACUAUGAGAUCAGCUCAGAAAAACCCUACCUCCACUACCUGACGGAGUACCGUUCACACUCACCUCAGAAAGGAAUGGGAGUAAUGCCAAAGAGAGGCCUGGAUGUCACAUCAUGUGAGGUUUUCAGGUUCUACAAAGUGGUGAUAGUCAAGAGCCUCAUUGAGCCUAUUUCUAUGAUCGUACCCCGCAGGUCGGAGUCGUACCAAGAAGACAUCUAUCCAAUGACGGCAGGUAACAGACCAGCGCUGACUGCAGAAGAGUGGCUCAGCGGCAUCAGUAAAGGACCGGUUUUCAUGUCUCUGAAGCCUGGAAGUGAACUAAUGGAGCCUCCGUCAGAGCUGAAGGGGCUGACCAACUCCCUGGACACACGGCGCUCUCAGAGCAGACCCGGCAUGCUGCGCCUCUCCUACAUUCAGGACCAACUGGAAGCCAAAGAAGACGGCGAGCAGGCCAAGUCCGACAGGAGUUGGACGUCUGUGAGCAACGGGGACGACCAGGCGCAUGGUUCCCCGCUGACAGAGAGCGAGCUGCGUCUGAAGUGCCUCAGGCAGCAGGAGGAGAUCAGGCGGCUGACGGAGCUCCUGAACCAGAGGGAAGUUCGCGUCAAACAACUCGAGCUGGAGAUUAAGAACAUCAAGAACUCUCAGAGCUAACUUUAGGAGUUCCCAAACAUUCCUGAUGCGCUGAGCUGCACCCCCCCACCCCACCUUCCUGACGGGACACUCUGGUUUAAAGCUCAGAAUCCGAAUCACCUCCUUCCUUCUUUAAAACUUCACAGCUCUCCUGACACUCGGACCUCUUCGUUGUUUCGACCACCUCGACACUCGGUGCACGUUCUUUUUUUCGUGUAAAUAAACUUUUGAAGAUGCACCUUUUUACCUUUUGCCCCAUUUCUUUUGUACACGUCACAUCUAUGCAAGUUUACUGUUCAUAUGGAGUUUUUUUGUUUUUAUUCCUUCUGUAGUCCACAGAUAAAUGGAGGUCUGAGCUCCAACCAUCUGCCUGAGAGCUAACGUUGCUGAACUUCCUUUUUGUGCUUGUUGUUAUUGUAUUUAAACUGCUGUAAGUGGACACAGCCGUGGUGUUUGAGUCUUGAAUGUGAAAGAGCAACAUGAAUGACCCACCUUUGCUCUGCCUUUCCUUAAAGCUGCAGCUCUUUUUAUCCCAGAUUUUAUUUUAAAAACUGUCUCGAUCCCAAUUGAUUUCUUUUUUUUUUUUUUUCCAGGAAUGAUUGUGUGAGCUAAAUCUGUACCUGCUGCCAGUUUGAAUUUUUGAACUUGAUUUUUAUAUUUAUUUGAAGAUGCGAGCGGAGAAUACACCUUUUAACAAUUAAUUUAACCCCAGAAUUGAUUUUAGAAAAUAUACGAAGAGAAAAUCUAUAAAAAUAAAAAAA